AUGAAGCUGCUAAUCAUUCUUCUCGCAGCAUCCGCAACUCUGGUGGCACCGUCUAUGGCAGCUAAAGAAAAAGCCUCGUUCACCUUUUACGUUGCCCUCCAAAGCACUGGUAUCCUGGAAGUUUCUUUCGACCCAAACAAAGAUGUGAACGAGUCUCUGUCGAUCAUCGCAACCAACACGAAUGCAGGCAAAAUGCCCGGAUGGCUCACCUCGUACCACCAUAAAAUCUACAGUAUCAGUCGGACUGCCUUCCCCGACAACGACACCAAGUCCGGUGGUGUAUUUGCAUUCCAAGAACCGCCCGCUUCGGCCGCACGUGGAACACUCCUUACGUUUCUCGACAAAGAGAGCAGCAACGGGGAUGGAGGUGUGUAUUGUGAUGUGAACCGAGAUGGAAAAACGUUGGCGGCUGCCAACAUCGACGGAUCAACCGUAUCAAUCUACCCAUUGUCCGAGGACGGUACAAUUGGCAAAGCGACUUAUGUCUUCAAGUACAACCUGACAGAACCCAGCCCUGGCACCCGAGAUAGCCAAGUGAAAGCAAACCCUCACCAGUCAAUAUUCGAUCCGUCCGGUCAGUUCCUGUUCGUGCCCUGCCGCGGCGCAGAUCGCGUCUACGUCUACUCGGUUCAAGGCCCCGAACAGGUUAAAGAGAUAGAAUCGAUCACCCUGCCACCAGGAACUGGGCCUCGACAUGUGGUAUUCAAGCAACUCAACGCGACAACCGCCGAUAUGUAUCUCAUCAGUGAGCUGGACAACACAGUCCGCCUCUUCACUCUAAACUACGAGAACCCGUGGGGACCUAGAUUCCCCCAAGAGGCGGGGAACCUCACUAUCACCCUCAAGCAGACGAUCUCAACUUUGGGUCCAGAUCUCCCUCCUAGCCUUCCGGACAACCGAGACCUCGCUGCCGAAAUUGCCGUUACGCACGACGGGAAAUUUGCGUAUGCAUCGAAUCGAAACACCUUGAGUCUGGACAGUGACAACCUCGCCAUCUACUCCGUCCACGACAACCGCUUAACAUAUCUCGGAUCCAACGAGACACAGGGCAAGAUCCCGCGCCAUUUCGCGCUUUCGAAGGACCAAGACAAUCAAUGGCUUGCUGUAGCCAACCAACUGACUCAAGACAUUGUGGUCUUUGAAAGAGAUCUAAAGGCAGGCCUGAUGAAAGACGUCAAGGGCCGACUUAAGCUAGGCGAGCUCGAUAUGACGUUGGCACUGGGGCCGAUGUGUAUCUUGUGGAAGUAA